GGAAGGAGCGAGGCUUGGUCCUGCAGGAUGGUGCUGGACAAGGAGGAAAGUGUGUCUGUCGUGUCCCUCCAGUCCAGAGAGAAGCCUAGAGGCUGUGCUGGCUGCGAUGAGAAAAUCAGGGACCGCUUCAUGCUGCAGGCAUUAGACAGGUUCUGGCAUGAGGACUGUUUGAAGUGCCACUGCUGUGGGUGCCGCCUGGGCCGGGUGGGCUCCACCCUGUACACCCGGGCCAACCUCAUCCUGUGCCGCAGAGACUACCUGAGGCUCUUUGGGGCGACGGGGAACUGUGCAGCCUGCAGUAAGCUGAUCCCUGCCUUUGAGAUGGUGAUGAGAGCCAGAGAUAAGGUCUACCAUUUAGACUGCUUUGCCUGUCAGCUCUGCUGCCAGAGAUUUUGUGUGGGAGACAAGUUUUUCCUCAAGAACAAUAUGAUCCUGUGCCAGCUGGACUACGAAGGAGGUCAUCUUAAUGGAAGCACUGAGAGGCUGCCACAAUAAUAAGAGAUCAGGACGGGAACCACAGCGAGCUAACUGGACCAUGAAACUCACAACGGCACGCUCCUCAUCAGCUCCUUGCUUCGGUCUGAACGUU